GGCCGCUUGGCAUUCGGCGUUCCAAAGCUUUUUGUUUUGGAGACGUCGUUUAUUGUGCUUGCGUUCGCUAAUAUCCGCAUUUUGAGGCGUCUGGUUGAGUGGACUUAAGUUGAUAUAUCUUAAACUUGGUGAAUAAAACGUGAUCUCAUGCGUCCUGUACGGUUUCUUGUAACCAUGGCAACAUCAUCAGUUUCCUGCUGCUUGGCUUCCUUUACUGUCAAGUGGCAUCAGUAAACUUCCUCGGUGGGAUCAGUUGGGCGAUUUCGUUGUGUAUUUCGCAAAUUCGCUUUACCCUGUAUCAGCUGUCUCUUUUUGUUGUUGUAUUUCGUUUAAGUUUUUUACUGUGUGGACGUAAUUCACCACGAGUAUUGACCGUGUGCUUCCGUCAGAUGUCGCGCUGCGGUCAAGACUCCAAAAGACUCCUACUCGCCCCUAAGCCUAAUAGUCGUGCGAGCAAGAAGCGUUGGAUACCCCAAUGUACCGCUGUCACCAGCCCCUCCACCCGUUUUAUUUUUGUUUUGUUCUGUCGGUAAGGCUGCAAGCUUCGAUUGUGUUCACUGAUACAUUACUUUCAGCGAUCUGUUUUUAUAGUCGUGCGUCACGCCGCAAAAUGAUGGCUCGCGCUCGGUAGGCAAAUCCGUUAUCACACCGAUGGUGUCGUCAAAACAGUGCCGACGUCGCGAUUCCCACCUCUGCCAGCGCUGUGCGAUAGAGCGCCAGUCAACUUAAGCUUGCGAAACUUGUAUAGUUUUCUUUUAUAUUCGUUUUCAGUCCAUGUUAGUGCGGUACAGUUAUUGCUUAUGAUCUAUUGGUUUCGACUUCCGAGUCUUGUUCAGUAAGCAGAAAGGUCAUUUGGGUUUGUGGCUUUCGUUGCGCUUGCUCAUCACUUCAACCCUCCCGCAUUCCUGGUUCGCUUCGAUGGCAGUCGCUACAAGAAGCGUGCAAGUUCGUUCCAGCGCAAUAUGAGACCGAUGCGUGUGUCACUCCAAAUUGCGGCACUCGGCUUGGGUCGACCCCGCAUCUCACGCCACUGACAGUGAUCGAACAUCGCCCGCAUGACGUGGAACGGUCUAAGUUUCUAGAGCAGGGUCAAAUGGCACCUCGCGCGGGCUUUGCCAGUGGCAGUGUUAUGAACUUUGCUGAAAACGCUCACUGCAGCUACGUAAUGCACAAACUUAGGCAGCAGCAAGAGAGAGGGCGCUUUUGCGACAUUGUGCUGCACGUGGAAGGCCGCCAGUAUCGGGCACACCGCAGCGUGCUGGCUGCCAGCAGCCCUUACUUUGACUCGAUCCUACGAAUGCAGAAGGUGGCAGUGGAGCACCUCAGCAUCUCCUGCCAUAACCAAGCCGCCUUCCAAUCGUUCCUUCGGUACAUGUACUCUGGCUGUGUCAGUGUUCAUCGGGGAAAUGUCGCAGAGCUCCUGCAGCUGUCGAACCACUUCCUCAUCUUCAAGCUCAAGAACUACUGUGCAGAGUACUUGGAGCACAACCUCAAUCUGGCCAACUGCCUCGCCGUCAGGGAGAUGGCAGAAGCCAACAAUGUUCCUACAUUGCUCAAGGCCGUGGCAAGUUUUGUAAGCGAGAAUGUGGAAGAUGUCCUCAGCGACCCAAGGCUACUGCGGCUUGACAAGGAGCGGUUUGUGGCCUUCAUCUCUGAUCGAAGGCUAUGUCUACCACAGGGCGCACCACUGCUGAACGUAGUGACACGCUGGGUCUCGCACGACCUGGAAGAGCGAGAAGGUUGGCUCCGUCUCCUGCUCACAUUUGUUGACUGGGCCACCGUCGACCAGAACACACUUUCUCAGUGUCUAAGCCAUGACCCUGUGUUUAAGCUCAGUCGCCGGUGCCUCCAUUUUCUCCUCGAGACAUUAGACAGUAACAUGGUGGAGGCACCCAAGUGCAGUAGUGCAGACAAGCGGGAACAGCUGCGGCUGGAGUUCUCGCACCCGCCAGAGAGCGACAUGGAGAGUUUUAUGAACCUUGCCGUCUCUGCAGCCAUCGAAGCUCUGUGCGUGGAGAUGUCGGGGGAGGCACGGGGAUCGCCUGGUGCUGUGAGGUCGGCAGCAGAGGACGACGACGACGAGACGCUGUCGUCAGAUGACUGUGGCGAGCUGCUGGACGAAGAUGACGGCAGUGAAAGUGUGCUGGGGAUGGGUGAGGACAUGGUGCAUCUUCACCAACAGCAGGCAGCUGUUGAGGAUGAGAACAGCACAGAAGGUGAGAGUGACGAAAAACAUCACAUACUGCGGAAUCUGUUAGUUGGGAAUGCAGAGUCAGAAGGCGUGAAGACCUCGGAGCCUGAAGCCACUACAGACGACUCGAGCAAUGGACAAACGGGAAAGAUACCAUCCUCCGUUUGGAAAGAAGGUGUCAAGUGUGAGCACUGCAGCUAUGUUAGCUAUGGUGCUGCAAGGCUGGAGCAGCACAUCGCCAAGGCACAUGGCAAAGGUAAAACGUAUGACUGCCCCCUGUGCACGUUUACGUGCAAGUGGAACCGCGAGUACUACACCCACAUGAAGAACCAUUUCAGCAGCGACGGUCAGGGACCCUUCCAGUGCGACUCCUGUUCGUACAAGUGUGAGAGGAUACAGCUGUUGCUCCUGCACCGCAUGAGGCACACAGACGAGCGGCCGUACCAGUGUGGUGCAUGUGACUACCGGUGCCGGCAGAAGACCAACCUCGUGGCCCAUAUGCGCUGUCACACUGGUGAACGUCCGUUUGUGUGCAAAUUGUGUGGGCGUGCCUUUGCAUUGAAGUGCACCUUGGAACAGCACCUGCAGAGCCACCGUAACGACCGGCCUUACCUCUGUGACGUGUGUGGCUUCACUGCCAAGUACCAAUCUCACCUGCUGUCCCACCGUCGGCUGCACACUGGAAAUGUCUUCCGCUGCCAGUUUGCAGGAUGCACAUAUGUUUCUCCAAAACGCAGCCAACUGGAAGCCCACACACGGACCCACACAGCGGUGCGGUCGCAUGUGUGUGCUGUGUGUGGCCGUGCCUUCAUCGAGCGCAGCCACCUGGUUCGGCACGAGAGGAUACACCUCGAUGACAAGCCGUUCAAGUGCCUUGAGUGUGACUACACUAGCUCACGCCGAGACAAGCUUAAAGAGCACCACGAGAAGCAUCACGGUGAAAAUGCCACUGCCAAGGCACCCUACAGACCACGUAAGACAUCUAGUAAUGUGGGGCAGAUGUUAGUCGACUCGGCACAGCUGAACCUCGAUGACCCCUACGUGUCAACAGACUCGCAGCUAGAUUCAAUGGAUCCUGAAAACCGCUAUCUCGUAGUUCAGAUGCAGGCAUCGGGACUCUCACUGUCGCAGGUCCAGGCACUUCAGUCACACUCCAGCCUGGACGACUCGUCUAGUAUGAUGUUUGUGGACCAGCAGAGUUCACUCCUAGAUGCACAGCUGGGGGACCUUGGUGUAGACAAUACUGAGGAAAUCUUGUCGGUAGCUUUGAAUGAACCUCUGAACUCAUCCUCUGAAAUCAGUGCCACCUCCUCAGAACUCGGUAACGUCAAUUCUUUAAUGCGUUCUUUUAAUUUAAUUUAUGAAAACUGAAACGAACUGGUCAUAAGUCAUUGGGUUGUUUCAUGCGAGUGUGCUGCAUGCAGACAUGGCUCUUUUCAUGUCUAGUGCUUGUAAUUAACGUCAGUCUUGGGUAGCAUUCGAGUGAAAGAUGUGUAAUGUGUGUGCAUUCUUUAUCAUGUUUUCAAGGUUCACAGCACCAGUUUGAGAAGUGUGAAUAUAUACUUUCAUUUUACACAUGUACUAGUUACUGUAAAAGGCAGCGACAUUCACUACGACAGCUUUAAUAUAAAGCAGCCUGUUUUUCAUGUGCCAAGGGAUAGUGAGUGGUUAGUGUACACCAGUAUAGCUUGUGGAGCCAGCAACCUUGUAUAGUUUCCGCAGUUAUGCUUGGCACCAUAGGCUUUCCAAGGAUUGCGAGUCGACUACAGUGCUUUAAUAAAUCCAGUGAUGCUAGUCCCAACUCUCACCCCCAUUUUCGCAAAUGCACCUCGACUGCUUCCUCCUCGACUUUGCUGAAGAGGGGGCAGUACUGCAUCUGUAGAUCGUCUAACCCAGAACCCUUCUCUGCACAAUCAGUGUCGCAUCUUCAGCAGCACAUGAUCUGCUUCAGCUGUGACCAUCCUGUAUUGUGGGCCAUGUGUCUAGGAGCAACAAAGCAUCACUUUUAUUGUAUUUAGAGUCGGUGACAUGAGUUGUGAUUGCUUCCUUUAUGUCACUCCACCAGAUAGCAUGGGUGGAUAAUCUGCAAGUAACUGCUCAGAGAAACGUAAUUGAGUUGCAGGUACUGCAAUCGGCGAUGGGUCAAGAAUGCGAAAGAGGCUCCUCCCAAAUGUGCUCGAUGCACCUGCCCAUCACACCUCUGCACUUCAGGACAUUGUGUGCAUGCUGAUACCACUGGAGCAUUGUCCCUACUAUUGCCCCAGUUUAUUUAGUAACAAUGACCUUGCCAGUCAAGUGCCACACAUUAAAUAAGACAGCCAUCACAAAGUGUGGGGUCAAAGAAAGCUAGGAGCACAAAUAAUGUUUGAAAAAAAAUUGGGGGGUGGGGGGUGGGUGGGGGGCUGGGCUGACCUGUGCAAAUUGAUUCUUCAUGUGCCGAUUGGCGUGUCGAUUCCCGUUUCUUGGUUCACGAGAAAUAUCCACACACAACCGGUACAUAACACCAGAGCAUGCCAAAGUGUCACCAUCCAGUGCGCACACAUGUGAUAAGUGUGCAAGUGUUUCAAAAUUUUCAUCUACAUUGCCUGCCAACCUGCAACCGUGCAGCUGGGAUAACUGGCCACGUCCACAUUGUAAUUUCACGGGUUCCGGUGUGGCAGUUCUUGAGCAACACUUUCAAAGCUUGUGCUUGAACUUUAAUCCUGUGCUCUUACAAACCGCUAGAAUAACUCUUGUUCAACUUUGCCGUUAACCAUAACCUCCUUCCUGCAUCUUUACAAUGUUUGCCCAAUCUCUGAAAUGCAUGGCAGCCAUUGUGGCGUUGCACACUCCCUGGCAUUUUGCUUGCAGUUGCUAGAGCAGGACAACAUUCUCGUAACUGCCAACUUUAUGGUGUUACUGCAAAAUGCCCUAUUUUUUGAAAACCCGGUUUAUAGAUUGUUGUAUUGAUAAUAAUUAUUUAAUGUUUAUCUGUGUCAAGUUUGGGGCAAGAUUGAUUUCUCAGUCCCGUUUUUCAGCCGCCAGGAUUAUUUGUACCUACCCACAGCUGCACCACCUGCUCGUUAAACCAGGCAACUCAGUUUUCUGCCCCCAUUACAUGAAUGUCUCGAGAAUAAAGUUCUUAAACAUAUGCAUAUCUGUGGCACAGGUAAUCCUUGCUACGGCUAUACCAGGUUUGGCGUAGUAGUUCUGAAGAAACCUGUAAGGUGGAGAGAAGUAAUGAAUAAAGGAAAAAUUAGGCAUCCACCCAAUCGUAGCAAUUGCUACAAAUUGCUAUGGCAAACUUUUACCUUUGCUUCAAGCUGCUGAUAAAUUUGACUUCGCCCUGCCAUCUGCUAGCCGCCUGGUUAGCCCAGAUGUUAGGGCGGCUGCCCCGGAAAGGCGGUGGUGCCGGGUUCGAGUCUCAUACUAGGAUGAAUUUUUCUUCAACUGCGAGGUUUUUCUUUCGAGCAACUCGUAUGGGUUUAUUUUGUAGCAAUUGCUACGAUUGGGUGGAUGUCUCGUAUUCCCUUUAUUGACUAUACCAGGUUUUUUUUUUUUUUUUUUUUUUUUUAAGGACUAUACAGAAUAUUAGAACUUUCCCCUGACAGCACAAUCAUAAUCAUUGAACUGCAUCAAAGAUGCAGACAUUAUUUGCACUAAAUCGAAAAUUGCAUAAUUCACUAAAAAUGUUGCAAAUCGGUUCUUUUAACCAAUUACUGUACAGCACAUAUUGCAAUUUAUAAACUAUAGUCGGCAAGGCAUACAGAGUUGGAACUAAUUAUGAGGGUGGCACCGGUUUUGAGAUAUGUGCCAUCAAACUUGCAGUAAAAAUGCACCAUUGUUCCAAUUAAUGAAAAAAACAUGUUAUGCAUUCAAGCAAAAAAGUAACUAGAUUGCCAGUGUAUUUUGUCUCGAACUUCUCAAGAAUUAAUAUCUCACGACUGGUGUCGUCCUGACAAUUUGUUCAAAGUAAAUGCAUAUGCCUUGUGAACCCACCGGCUACCAUUUGUAAAUUGCAAUAUGUGCCGUAACGCAAUUAGUAAAAAUGGAAGUGGCAAAUUUUUAAAAUUAUUGAUCAUAUAUUUCAAUUUUCCAAGCAAGUCAUAUCUGCGUUCCGAGUAAUCCAACACAAAGACCAGAAUUAUGCUACCAUGAUUUUAAGAAAUUUUUUUAUACCAGUCUAAAGAAACCUGGAGGAGCGGAGUAUAGUCGGGCAGAAAGUGGACACCCUACAGUCUUGCGUCCCGGCGCAGCCAACUUGACCGGCAACAUUCGGUGCACUGCGACAGUGCCGACAGGACAAUAGAACAUGCCUAUCUCACGCCGGGACGACUUGAUCAGGAUGCACCACGCACUAUCUUGGCUAUCCAAUGGCACUCUGGCCUUCAGUUCAGGUACACCGAGUUUGCACCUUCGCCAAAGAAAAAAAAAACUCGUUCACAAGCCACAAUCACUGCACCAUGCUAAACAAGACGCAAAUUUCCACUGCUCCUGGCAUCGAGGGCAUGACGUGUGGCCAGCCGCUGCCUGGCACAUUAGAUUAUAUGGGUGCCUUUAGUGUCGGCAGGUCACCACUCUCCACAGUCUGUUGCAGGUUCACUUUUGCAUGAAACUGUAGAGCAGUGGCAACGUGUUCUGAAUGGAUGUCUCCAUAACCACAUCCUGCAACUAACAAAAUGUGGUGUAUUGCAAGUGACAAUCCUUUCUCUCUCUCACCCUCAUCAAAUGCCUUUGGUUCACAAAAUUGUAGGCCUGAGCUAAGGAAGUGGAAGAUUGUGUCACAGUGCCUGUGGGAUGAGCACCCACGCACUAUGAAAACUGGUACUCCCAGCAUAAUUGCAACAUUCAGUCUCAAUGGCUAAGGUCAAGUUGAAGGAUGCAACAGUUUCAUGUUAUGUGCCCAUACAUUAACAGUGGAUGCAGACGGUUUCCUAGACGGGUCACUGGAGGAAAUUCCGGUGCUAGUAUCUAUGGGAGGUGCUAGUUCGACAGUUCAGCCAGCAGGGGGAAUGAUGGACAGUACAUGGAUUUGCCUAAACUUCCAGGUUUCUGGCUUCCAUUGUCUUGGCAAAUUGGCCAGUUUAUUGUGAUGGCAAUUAUAUGGACACUCCAGACACGUUUAACAUUAUGGUCAUGAUGUUACAUAUAAAGCCCAAAGGCAGUAACUAUCGCCAUGCACUGUAUGCUGUAUGUGCAAGAGAAAGUGUGAGGGUGAGCCAAUGGUCACAGCUCAAUCUCACGUGCGCAAGGCAGGAAAGCGGGGCAUUGUACUUAAGCAGCAACUGCAUAUGGCAUGAUUGCAUGAGCCUUAUCUUGAAAGCAAUCUGCUUUGGCGGCAGAGUCUACGUGGGCCGACUGCUCGUAGCUUUGCCUGUGCCAUGUUCUCGCCACUCAGUUUGCGUUGAAGCAAUAGACAGCAUGAAGGUCACUUCACUCGCUGCUGCUGCGGCACUCGCUCAUGCCAGCGUUUUGACAAUGUCUGCGGCCAUUAAGUGUGCAUGUUUGCCUGCGCGGGCUGACACCAUGCUGGUUAAUUUAGUUCGCAAGUAAGUAUUUACAAGUUUAUAUGUCCGACAAAACUACUAUCCUUAUUAUUACGGCUGUCUACUAAUUUGCUAUUGCAAUCGGAUGCUUCACCUUGAGAAACUGCGACUUUUUAAACAAAACAUUGCAGCAUAAGUGGUGCAUAAAACAUGGCCACGUCUCCAGAAUCACUUUCAGUGCGUACAGUUAGCUGCAGCAUAGCCUUUGGGAUCGGCUUGUUACCCAGAAAAAGCAAUUGCUGGGGCAUGGAUUUAGACACCACCUAUUAAUUUCACUAUGACUAUGCAUGGGUGCAGGAACUUGAUGCAUUUGCAAAAAUAUGAGCACUUGGAAAUUUGUAAAGCAUAAUAAACAAUGCAACAAGAAUGUCUGAAACCACAAGCAUGAAGAUUGGACAUCCAUGUACUUGCACAUUAUUCCCAUAGUAACCGAAGGUCAGCAUUGUCUGAGUUCCCUAUAGUGCUUAGGGAAUGUUUUGGGUACAGAGAUACUCCAUUUCACAAAUAGCAGAGAAGCCUAGUAAGACUUCUCUCGCUGUUCGCAUCUGCAACCAACGAAUAGUGCGUCACUUGUGUUAGACAGGUACGCAUCACAUAGUUUUACAUAACAUUGUCUUGUACUUGUGUUGCAGAAAUUGAGUAUCUUAAAUACCAACUGAGUGGAGCAAUACGUUUCACUGGCAACAAUGCAUCACGGCUAAAACAUAUGUUGUCUACUCGGAAGUACUAAGGUGCACAAAUAUCAAUUUGAUGUAAUCUUGUGUCCACAUGUUGUAAUACUACAUGAAGUACUUGUACUGCAGAAAGUGUCGCAAAUGAAGAACUAGCGUACUACCAACCGCACAAAGUGAAACUUGUAUGGCUGUACUACUUGUGUAGCACUGUCUGCUAACUAUGAAACAGAGUAUAGCAUGAGGCUUGAAAAUGGGGUGAACUUGUGUCCCUUCACUUGCAUAUUCAUGUUUCUACACACGGCUGCAACAUACCUCAUGCAAAUGCUCCGACAGAGCCUAUGGAUUUGUGGGCCAACUCUUCCACGUGUACUGUCAGAAGCGGUGAAGAAUGUCAGGUGGCAACAGCAGUUGGGCAGAGUAAAUGGUGCUAGUUGGGUGUCCCAAGGAUUUAUCAUCAUACUGGCUGUAUAUCGGUCCAACCAGUACUGAGCCAAUGGCCUUGCAUAGCCUGCCCAGACCAUGUGGCACAUUUUACUUGGCCCUAUUUGCAACACACAACACCAAUCACAUGAUCACUGAGGAAGGUGCAGAAAAUUUCACGCCAAGUAGUAAGCAGCAGAGCAAUACACAGUCACAAUCUUGGCUGUUUUGCUUUGCCACAGUGACAGUGAAAUUAGGCUUUUUCAUUCCACGGAACAAUUCGAUGUAUACGCUUUUUAUCAAGAAUUAUUUGCAUUAUCAAAUUUAAUGGUGGCUUACUUGGAACUGGACUUUCAUUCAUAUGUGCAAUUUAUAAGAGCUGCCCAGCAAACAUCGCCCUCAUUCCAGCUAUUGCCAUGAAAUAUUCCAAUCGCAUUGGUCCAAUUUUAUUGCUGCUUAUUUUGUCAUUUCGAAUGGUUCACUUGCAAAUUUAGAAUGGUGUUGGUCUCAUUCAGCCGUGUCAGCAUUUCAUAUAUUUGAUAUGCUAAGAAAUGUGCUGCUGGAGAGUUUCUACAGAUAUGCCCGUGCAAAACUUUUCGUGCUGCUACAAAAGAUAUCGGUUCGUGUCAUAUAGAGAAGGUGCAAGCUUAUGAUAAGCUUUCACUAGCCAUGUACUGAAGCACACUUGAAUGAUCCACGUGCGAUAGGAGUGGAAGAGUUUCCUUUUGUGCCCGUCAAAUGUCUUAUCUGCCUGUAAGCUAGCUCCUCCUAGGGCACUAAAUAUACAAGCUCCACACGUUACAUAAUUCAUUUUCAUACCUACCCCUCAGGUGAAGUUUUGCACUUUUGUGUUGGCCAUUUGGGUAGUUGCUGAAGUCCUGCCAUCUGAUCUCUCUAUAGUGGAACCCCUUUACGAGUUUUUUCAUGCUAUUUAGUGCCUGGUAAAAACUUGCCACACAACCUCUUAGUCACCUCAAUCUUCAACGGCUUUAUACCUAAGAAAACAUCCGAGGUUCUGCUGUGUGAAUUCUAUAUGGUCUUGUGUAACUUUCAUUGCUGUGUGGUUUCCCAGUGUCAAGAGUUUUUACAUAAGUGUGCAACAUGUAUUGCAAUUCUAUAAGUGUGCAACAUGUAUUGCAAUUCUCUUGUGAAGUUUGUGUUUUGUCAAAGUUCAGAUGUGUUUUAGCAUGUGAACUGUCAUUUCACAAGUGCCAAUGGGUAAAUUAUUUGACAAAAGGCUAGACCUGCACUGCCGCCACUUCAGUGCAGUCAAAGAACAAUAAAUGGUUAAUGAUGGGAA